CACCAGUGAAGUCUCGUCAGGUACGAGAUUUGUAGGUGGCGUCGAAAUUCUGUGUUUAUCAGCACAGAAACUAAACAUGGAUGUGUUUUUAAUGAUUCGGCGCAAGAAAGUCACCAUAUUUACAGAUGCAAAAGAGUCCACCACAGUGUUAGAAGUAAAGAAAAUUGUAGAAGGUAUUGUCAAACAGAAACCUGAAGACCAGCGUCUGUAUAAAGAUGAUCAGCCAUUAGAUGACAACAAAACCCUUGGAGACUGCGGCUUCACGAGUCUGACUGCCAGAGCACAGGCCCCCGCCACUAUAGGCUUGUCCUUCAGAAUGGAAGAUGGCGAAUAUGAGCCGUUGGAGGUGACGGCCCUGUCCAGUCCACCUGAGCUGCCCGAUGUGAUGAAGCCCCAGGACUCGCCCUCCACACACGCCCAGGAGCAGACCGCCUCAUAGGGGGUGUGGCCUGCAGAAGACACGCCCCCUCGCGACAACACUGGCCCACCAACUAUCAGUGUGCAGUGGUUGACAAACCCCUUAUAUUUCAUUCAGAGCUGAAUUUUGAAUAGGCUAUUGCUUUAUUUGCUGGUAGUUAAAUUGUUAAAUUAUUUUUGAUAUGGGGAAUUUUUAUGCAUAUUUGCUAUUUGUAUAAUGAUUGUACCUGUAGGAAGUUUUAUCACUGGUUAGCUUAAUUCAUUUUAGAAAUGUGCAGUUUAAAAUGCAAAUUUAAAGUUCAGUCAGAAUGUAGUUAUUUAAUGACCAAUCCACUCACCUCUACCAUUUUGUUGCUAAAGUAAACAGGUUAAAAUUCCAGUAUUAAACCUUCUUACCUUGAGCAGAAGCUAUCUGCUUAAAAUCAGAUACAUAAGCUCGACCAGACAAUAUUAUUUCCUGAAUUUCUGCUUUCCCAAAUUAUAAGCUGGACCAGACAAUAUUAUUUCCUGAAUUUCUGCUUGCCCAAAUUACAAUUCAAUGGGGCUUAGUGGAAGUGGUUAGAGUGAAGUCUUUAAAGUUCAGAUUCUUAACUGUGCAUAUGAAGAUGUGAAGAUUAAUAUUAUAAGAAAUAUCAUGGACAAUGUUCAUGAGAUUAUUAACAAAGCUGUGUUUCUCUGGCCUGACUCUGAGUUUGUAUGGCAUUAACUUAUUCAUCAUUCAGUAUUUUAUUACCAAUUAGUUUUGUUAAUUAACAAUUUUCCAUAUCAUUAAACAAAUAUUCAAUUUAUUUUAACAUGAAACAUGGAGGGUAUUUUAAUGAUUAUCUAUUGUAUGGUAACAACAAGUUAGAUAUGCAUUUUUUCAAUUCUCCCUAAAUCAAAUAAUUCACUUUCUUGUUUCAAUCAUUUGUAUGUGCAUUUUUAAUAUAUAAUCAUAUUUGAACCAUCGUCUUUAAAUCAAGAUUGUCAUGUGUAUGCAAUACCAUUAAAUGAGCAAAUAAGAAUAAGUCUGUGCAGGUUUAGCAAUCUACAGGAAUAUUAAUGCUGUACUGCCAUUGAACAGAUUGAAACAAUAAUGUGAUCACUAACAAGGUUUUUUAAUAUCUUACAAAUCUUUCUUUUGCCAUAUAUAAGUCUUACCUUUUUGUAAAGAUUAUGCCUAAUGCAUAAGGAAUCUCAAUGAACACGAUAGCUGUGCAUUAAAUAAAUGGUUUAUGUUAUAAAGUACCACAUAUAUGGUUUUGUUUCAACUUAGUUAUUGACUGAGUUUGUUGUUAAAUAAUUUUAUAUAGAUUUGCUCAAGGAAAAUUUAGAAACACUAUACAUAAACAUUGGUAAACAAAACAGAUGACUGUGCUUACUUUAAACUACCAAGUAUAAUUUUAUUUCCUGGAUUGAUUCACAUUCGUCCAUGAUACUCAAAUGUUUAUACUUACAAAAUGUUAAUAUAGAAAGCAUUUGUUAACUUGACCUAUAAUUAGUACAUGUAAUUCAAGUUGAUUUGUCAUUGGCAAUGUUUUUGUUUUUCAUUCCACAAUACUAUAUGAUAAAGUUCAAAUACUAAUACAUUUAGUUUAUUAUUACUAUGUGUUACGUUCACGUUUUCACGCCAUUAUUAAUAAGUGUAUGUGUAAAGUCUAUCGAUUUUCAUGACUUAUUGAUGUUCACAUGUUUACUUGUUGAACAAAUUUAUUAUUUAUUUGCACUUGAAAAACGUGCUUGCAAAAACGGAUGCAAAUCCAUUUACAAAGAAAAAGCUCUUUGAUAUAUUUAAGGUGUUUUUUAACUUAAUUUGAAAAUGCAGUUUGUUGUUUUGUACUUUAUUAAAUUGGUAAAUACACUAACAACAUCA